AUGGCUACCCCCGUCACCCGGCGGCAGCCCUUCUUCAACCCCCGCGCGAGUCGCCUCUUAGCCCCGCCCGGCGCCGACGAGAUCGCGGCACAGGUCGACAGAUUCCACAAGCAGCUGCCAAACAGCGGGCCAACGAGGCUGGCCAAGCUGUCGGCCCUCGCUCGGGAGUUGAGUGUCGGGGCAGUGUACGUCAAGGACGAGAGCAGCCGCUUCGGCCUGCCAUCCUUCAAGAUCCUCGGAGCGUCCUGGGGCACCUUCCGUGCCCUCGCGCAGAGAGUCGGUCUUCCACUGGACACCGACGUUGCGACGCUCAAGAAAGUCUUGUCUUCCCACCCUGUCACUCUCUAUGCUACGACCGAGGGCAAUCAUGGACGGGCCGUGGCCCGCAUGGGAUCUAUCCUGGGAGUUCCGACUGAGAUUCAUGUCCCGGCCGGCAUGCAUGAAGCAACUAUCUCCCUAAUCAGCUCCGAGGGAGCCGCAAUCGUGAGAUCGAGCGGAAACUAUGACGACGCCGUGCAAGAAGCCCAAGAGGCUGCCAAGAAGACUCAAGGAAUUCUUGUGCAAGACUUUGCGUUUGAUGGCUACGAAGAUAUCCCACGAUGGAUCGUGGACGGCUACGCGGCCAUGAUGCGCGAGAUUGACUUGCAACUCGGGGACGAACAGCCAGACCUGGUGGUCACCCCAGUGGGCUGUGGCUGCUUUGCUCAGUCCGUGGUCUCUCACUACAAGCGCAAAGGUAGCAACGCCGCCGUCAUGUCCGUCGAGCCAGACACCGCGGCAUGCCUAUGGAAGAGUCUUAAAAAGGGCAGCAACACACUCAUAGAUACGACGCAUACCACCAUGGCAGGCCUCGACUGCGGACUGGUCUCGAGCAUAGCAUGGCCGCUGUUCCAAGCGCACCUCGACGCGAGCGUCACCAUCUCGGACUUUGAGGCUCACCAAGCAUCCCUGGACCUGCAGGCACAAGGUGUGUCGGCCGGCCCAUGCGGCGCGUCUCCACUGGCGGCCGUGCGUCGGCUUAGCCCGGAUGACAGAGCUGCCGUGGGCCUGGACGAGAACUCGGUCGUUGUGCUUCUUUGCACCGAGGGGAUGAGAGAGCACGACGCCCCCAUGAACGUCUCUAUAGGUGACGCCGCCGGCCUCACCAGAGCUCUGGUGCAGAUCAACUCUGCCAACCCGUCCCUUGGCUCCGUGCCCGGCCCGGGCGAGACGUCCAUCGCCCGCUACAUCACCGCCUGGCUGGAGCACCGGGACAUCGAGACCCACUGGAUCGAGCCCACAAAAGGCCGGCCGUCCGUGGUCGGCGUCGUCCGGGGCACCGGCGGCGGCAGGAGCCUCAUGCUCAACGGGCACAUCGACACGGUCACGGUCCUCGGCUACGAUGGCGACCCCCAGAGUGGCGAAGUGAAGGACGGCAGGCUCUACGGCCGCGGCGCGGCCGACAUGAAGUGCGGCGUCGCGGCGGCGCUGAUCGCCCUCGCCGAGUGCAAGGCCAUGGGCGGCCUCGCCGGCGACGUGAUCUUCGCCGGCGUUGCGGACGAGGAGGCCGCGAGCAAGGGCACGGAGGACGUGCUGCGGGCCGGCUGGACCGCGGACGCGGCGCUCGUCAACGAGCCGACCGACCUCGCCGUCGUCAACGCCCACGGCGGCUUCGUCUGGCUCGAGGUCACCGUCCACGGCCUCGCGGCCCACGGGUCGCACGCGGGCGUCGGCGUCGACGCCAUCUGCAAGGCCGGGUACUUCCUCGUCGCGCUGGACAGGCUCGCCCAGCGGCUCGGGCGGGCGCCGCACGACCCCAAGCUCGGGCGGAGCAGCGUCCACGCGUCGCUCGUCAGCGGCGGGGAGGAGGCCUCGUCCUACCCGGCGCGCUGCACCGUCGUGGUCGAGCGCCGCACGGUCACGGGCGAGACGGCGGAGCAGGCCAGGCGGGAGGUGGAGGGCCUGCUGGCCGAGGUGGGCCGCGAGGUCGCCGACUUCAGGGCCGAGGUCAGGACCACCUUUGCGCGGCCGCCCUUCUUGGUCCCCGCCGACCACGCCUUCGCGUCGCUCGUGGGCGACGUUUUCCGGGAGCGGGUGGGCAGGGCGGCCGCGUUCCGGGCGGUGCCCUUUUGGACGGACUGCGCGCUGCUCGCCGAGGCGGGGAUCCCCGGCCUGCUGCUUGGCCCUGUCGGCGGCGGCCUGCAUGCGAAGGAGGAGUGGGUUGACCUGCAGUCGGUCGAGCAGCUGGUUAGAGUUUUGACAGGUGUGGCCGAGAGGUUCUGCAGGUAA